UUUAUUUAUAUAAAUAAUAUUAAGAAACAACAAGGUGAUGGAAAAGAUAUUGUUUACAAUGAAAAUAAUAAAAUUCAUAAAGAAAGAGAGACAAGUAAGAUACUGCAACAAACAAACAGAAGAAAAGAAUUAAAUAAAUAAAUUGCACUCACUCACUAACUAAUUACUUAAUAGAGAAUAUUGAAAAUAAAAGGAAACAUUAAUGAUAAUUUAUUAAUAAAUCAAAAAAUUAAACAAGGGAAAGAGAAAAAUAAAGGAAGAAUGAUUUGGAAAUAUUUGUAAAGAACCAACAGAGGCAAUAUUAUUUAAGCUGGUUUAUAACAUAGAAAGUUUGAAAAUUUGCCUUUCAAGCAAAAUUUCGAUAAUCUUACCAAGGCUUACGAUUUGAGAAUGUGGUAUAUUAGCAAUUCUCCUCAUGAAGCCAAGAACCUUGAAUACGUAAACGAAUUAGAAGCUCUCCACAACGAACUUAAUUACCAAAAUUCUCGCUAAUUCUUAUUUAGAACCGUUUCCUUCUUACUCGGUUGGGCUCUCUUCUACCAAUUUUACGAAUUACCUAAGACUUACGACUGGUAAGAUACCUAAGAACCAAAGCAUUAGGUCCCUGCUUAUGGUGAUUUAGAAGAAGGUGGUGAUGAAGGUGGUGACGAUUGA